AUGUGUGUGGAUUGCAAAUCCAUAAAAAAUAUAAUGGUGAAGUAUUGUUACUCUAUCCCUAAGUUAGAUGACAUGUUGGAUGAAUUACAUGGUAUAUGUGUCUUUAGCAAAAUUGAUCUUAAGAGUGGGUACUAUCAAAUUCUCAUUAAGGAAAGUUUAGGGAAAGAACAACUCUAUGCUAAUUUUAAGAAAUGUAUGUUUUGCAUGGAAAAAGUUGUCUUUCUAGGUUUUGUGGUUAGUCCUAACAGGGUAGAAGUAGAUGAGGAGAAAAUUAAAGCUAUUAUAGAUUGGCUAAUACCUAAAAGCAUAAUCGAAAUUAGGAGUUCCCAUGCAUUAUCUAAUUUAGACAAAAUGUUCGAGAUUGAGUGUGAUUUAUCAGGAAUAGGUAUUGGACCAGUUUUAAUGCAAGAUAGGAGGCCUAUAACUUACUUCAGUGAAAAGUUGAGUGGGGCUGCACUAAAUUGCCCAACACAUGACAAGGAACUAUACUCACUUGUUAGGGCGUUGGAGACAUGA